CGUGAACGCGGACAGGAGACCCCGAGCCUGGGACGCGGUGUGAGCUUGUGAACCUUGGCUAAGAGUGCGAAGCCGUCGCCCGGCCGCUGGCUCGCGUCUGGGCGGCCGGCUGGGUCGUCGGCGGUCGUCCUCCCGCCUCCUGGCCGCGCGGCCGGCUCGGCCCUCGGCGUCGCCGCGCUGUUCCCGCCCUGGAGGGGCCCGGCCUUGGCGGAGGGCAUUGCUUUUAAGGAGAGAGAGAAAUAUCAGUGUGAGAGAGAAGCACCAAUUGGUUGAGUCUGGUAUGUGUCUGGACUGGAGAUUAUAUGUGUCCAGACGAGGAAUCGAACCCACAACCCAGUACCUUGUGACUGUUUUUACUUGACUGGUCAUUGAUGUCUUAACAAGCAUGGAGAUAAGAUUAGAAGUUUUGACAUCCACAAGUAUCAAGCAGAAGAGACCCUGGCCACGAGUCUCCUGGCUGGGACAGGAAAAUGAAGCUGUUUUUCUUUUGGAUGACAAACUCAUAAAUGAAAUUAAUUUGCUCUCGGGGAGGACAAAGAAGAAAAUUCCUCGUCUGCAGCCUUUCUUGAAGGAUGCUAUUGUCCUAACAACGUCCAGUAAUGAUGCUUGGCUGGCCGGGUUACUUACCACAGGGGAGAUUUUUCUUUGGAACAAGGAUCACGAUUGUUUGAAAACUGUACAAGCAACUGAAAAGCCUAAGGAAAUGAUUCAAGCUGUGACAGCAAGCUCUUUGAGACUGCAUUUGUAUGUAUCUGGAGAUGGGAGAAGAGUUCUGAUUACAACUCCUUCUGGCUGCGUAUUUCUUUGGGAAUAUUUGGAAUUCAAUAGUAUCUUAUCUUCCAAAAACCCUUCACUGGUGGGCCAGUGGUCCCAGAUCCUGCCUGAAGGAACAGUGCAUAUGCCGUCCACCAAAGAUAAAGAAGCUGCAGUGCAUGCCGUUUUUGUAAAGAACGAGUUAUUUGGAGACUGCUGCUUGUGUUCCUUUACUUUUUACUCUGGGGAAUGCCUGAAGUCGACAUUUCUAGCAAUUCGGUGGCAUGAGAAUGUAUUUGUACCUAUAAGAUCAUUGCCAUACCGUGUUCACUGGGCACAGCAAGAUUGCCUUCUGGGUAGUCUGAUUCCUCCAUGUGAAUCAGUGAAAUCAAGAGGAGCUCUAAUUUCUGCCUUUUCAAGAGAUGGCCUUACCCUGGCAGUAACCCUUAAUCAGAAAGACCCAGAGGCAACUCAGGUAUUAUUUAUAAACACACUGAAUUUUGUUACUCUCUGUGGCAGCCUUAAAGGAUGUAGUAAUAAGAAUCCUGUGGUUCCACCUACACUUGUCAGGUCCUACUGGGUGGGCGAUGUCAGCUGGACUCCAGAUAGUCUUUUUCUGGCCUGCAUGUUGAAGCGUGGCUCCCUGCUUUUACUGACUUGCCAGGGUGAACUGCUGACGUUAAUCACUUUUGGGUGCUCUAUAGAAUUUGGGCCAGCAGAGUUCAUUCCUCUUCACCCACUGAUAACAUAUAGACCACAGCAGUUUACACGUAAAGAUUCAAAUAGUUCUGCGGACUCAUCAGCUUCGGAGGGUGACCCCGUGCGACAGAGGUUCUCCGUGAAAGCACACUCGCGGCUGCCCUACCUCCUCGUUUCCGACGGGUACAUGGUCACAGCCCUGCGGCUCUGUGACAACCUCUCUCCGUCGGUGUUCGUGAGAGCCCUUCUGCUUGAUUCGACCCAGAGGCUGGAGAAGACAUACCAAAGUGUGAAGUUGUCUAAGCCGAAAGGCAAAGGGCUGAACUGGAGAUCACUGGACUCCCUAAGGUCGAGCCUGUUAGAACACCAAGGAGUCGAGUGCUCAGCUGAUCCUGCUGUCCCCAGGUUCUUGCAGGAUGAAGAAACAGUGGAGUCACAUGGAAAACCAGCGGAUUUGCAGGAUUUUGAAGCAGAAGAAACGAACGAAAGCACAUACUUUCCAAACAACUUAUCCUCUUUUUGGAACCAGAAAAACAAUCCAUUGUUUAGUAGUGCCAAGGAGGGAAGAUUGGAAUUUGCGUCUAUGUUUGAUACAAUCCACGCAAAGGAUAACACUGCGGCGUCAGACAGAACCAUUACAGAACUGCAUUAUGUCCAGAAGAAUCUCCUUGCAGCAUGGACUAUAGGAAUUUCAAAAAAUGUGAAGGAAAAACAUUUAAUGUUAAAUUACACAGUAGUUUGUAUUACUCAUUUUUUCUACAUUCUUCAAUUUAUAGAAUGCCCUUUCCCAAAACUUGACCUUUUUUUAAGCAAAAGCCCAAGACAGAAUGCAUGGGUACUUUGUAUCUUUCAGCUUUUUCAUCAGUGCUUAUCGGCCCAGCACUGGGCCGUGGGGCCCGGCCACGCGGUGGGGCCGGUGCUGAGGCUGACCGCCAGCGCCAUGAAGCUGCUGCUGCUGCCUGGGCCGCCGCAGGGCCCGCUGUCCUCAGAACGGCUCUCAGCCUGUUUCCAUUUACUCAGGAUGGUAGCAGAUCAUUUAAACGGCACGUAUCGUCUUCAGCCCGAAGUUAUUUCAGCAUCGAAUCAAGACUCAUUGGUGGUACCCAUUUUCCAAAUACUUCAAGAUAGUUAUUCUCGGGAAAACUGGUCUUGGUACUCAUUUUUAAAGACUCCACCUCAAACAGAAAAUCUUGGUCAGCAGCCAGGCCACAGACUGACGGUCCUCUGGAGAGCGCUGUAUAAAAAGACUUUGUGGCAUCAAACACAGCUAAGUCACAGAGUUCCUACAGGUGACAGACAGUUAACGGAAAAGGUGGCACAGGAAGCAGCUACUGUCCAGUCCCUGUUAUGUCACAUACAGGCUGACCUACAGGCCGCUGGAGUCUGCUUGAACCCAACCUUGGAACUCAAGUCUGUUGAAGGUGAAGAGUGUUUCCUGUUAGGAUCCUAUGAAAAAUCUGUCCAGCUGUGGAAGAAAGCUCUGCAAGAAACCCAAGAAAAUGGAGGAAGAAGGACCUGUUUUCUUCAGAUACGCUAUUACCUUUCUCUUUUGUACUGCCACCUGUACAGCUACAAUUUAAAUGAUGCUCAGGGAUUGUGUGAUCAGCUGGUGAGAGAAGUACUGACAUGGUCCCACCUGCCGGUAAGAGAAAAUGAAGAUAGUUCAGUUCCCGAGAAGCCCCCCUGCGAGUGGGGGGUGACCGGAGCAGCGCACCCAGAGGCCGCAGUGCGGGUGAUCCAGUGCAUGGCCCGGUUCAUGGCCGCCUACUUCACCAACCGGCAGCUGUGCAUUUUGCCGCCUCACAGUGUCAACGUUCUUCCUCCCCUUCAUGUUAAAAGAGAGUGGCCCCUCCGGUUUAUCCCCCUGCAACACUCUAAAGUGGCCAGUGUUGUUAGAGAUCAGAACCUUUCCAACGUGUGGACGGUUGAAUAUGCCCUCGAGCUGCUGUUUAUUGGGGGCCUGGUUCCGGAAGCCGUGUGGUUGGCGCGUGAGCUUGGCGACUGGAAGACAUCUGUUUCAAUUGGCGUGGCCUUCCAGCUGUUCUGCAAACUAGACGGCAGUUUCACCAGGUUCAAGAAAAAGGGUCAGAAUCUGCCAUUAAACAUGACUCCAGCACAGAUUUUCCAGGAAAAACUCCAGUGUUUUUUAGGUCAGCCAGCCUCUUUGGAAGCAAAAAAUGAAGUGGGCUCAAAAUACAAACAAUUCACAGAUCCCAUCGAAGAGGAAGAUGUAAAUCUGCUGUUGGGGGCAUUGCAAGAAGUGCUGAAAGCAGCAGUUAUGGCCGAUGCAGAUGUCCUCUCGGAGACCUUUCAGCUCCUGGUGGACUCGGCCAAGGACUUCAGCAAGAGACUCUGGGGCUUGGUGCCAGUUGGCUUGUACCUUCCGGCUCCCCCGCUGUAUUGUCCUCAGCCAGCUGUUCUGAGCGAGGAAGAUGGCGAUGAUCUCCCUUUAAAAGCCGAAAAAGAGAAUCGCCAGAAGCUGUCUGGUGUCCUUCAGCGCCUCCUCUUGCUCUUCCGGGCAGCACGCUGCUCCUUCCCGGCGGCGCAGUGGUACAUCCUGCAGCUGCGGCGGGCCCGCAAGGUCAUGCAGAAGAUUCGAAUGAAAGGGUCCCUUCCUUCACUGAGUCCUUUUCCUCAGUCAUUACUUAAUUACUGUGUAGGAGGCGUAGCGUUCUUUCGACCUGGAGCAGCUGGAGACAGGAAGCUUGAUGAAGUUUCCAUUAAAGUAAUAGGCUGCUUCCGGGAGCUCUGUGCUUUGUGUUGGAUGCUGCACGUCCGGGACGAGUUGUCCUACAGUUGCAGACAGUAUCAGAAAGCAAGAGAAGAUGCGGAGGGAAAGAAGGGUCUCCGAGUGGAGUUUGACUCUUGCAUGGUGGAGCGCUGCCUCCGUGCCGUGGAGUGGGCCUGCAGAAUGCUGCCCUUCUCCCGGUUUUCCAAUACCGAGGAACUCACUCAGGACCUGAUUCUGAGCCUCAUCGCUGAACUGCCACCAAUCCGACAGGUGGCAGAGAUUUUUGUGAAAGCAUUUCCCAAUCCUGAGGACAUAAGGGUUCCUUUAAGAGAAAAAUACCAUUCUUUCCAACAGAGACUGGGGCACUGUGUUGUGAAAGGUCCCCACACUGAGGAAGUGAUGUCUGCCCUCAUGCACUCCAUCGACAAAGUCAGGGUCAAAGCCCUAAGGCGUGUGCAGAGAAACAUAGGUGCUUUUGAGACGAACAUAUGGGAGCCAGCUGAGGAAGAACCGCCGACCGAGGGCGCAGGUUUGGACGGGGUUUCCCUGGGGACCAGUUUGAGCCGAAGCACACUCACCGACCUGGGCAGCUCUCUGGUGCACAGCGACGCAGAUCCUGUCUCUGAAGCUCUGUCGGCGGAAGACAGAAGUGGGACACAUUUCUCUGGAAGAAAUGCUCCAAAUCACAUGGAAUUUGCAUUGAUUGCCAAGCCCAAUGAUAAAAAGAAAAUAGGUAAUCAGAAAGAAAAUCUUAACAGAAAAGAGGAUCAUGAAAAGUUAUCACAAAAUGCACUUCCUGUAAUAGGCGUUUGGGAAUUUGAACGGGACGAUGAUGAGUAUAUAAAGUUCCUUGACCUCUUCUUGAGUUACGUUCUUGAAAGAGACAUGGGUGCUUCCAAGGAUCCUGGCAUUCCAUUUCUAACCAGUUUUUCUGCACACCUUAGAGAACAUGAACUUAACCCUCUGCUUUUUGAUAUACAUACCACAUUAAAAGGACGUCAGGGCAAACCCGGAAACCAGAACGUGUUCAGAGCUGGCUCCUGCUUUGCUGUUGCUCCGGAGCCACGUGAGCCUGAACAGUCGGAAAGCCAGGCGCUUUUAGCUCCUGUAGUGGUCAGUCAAGGGGCCAGACCUCCUCUAGCCAACCCUUGGAGUGAACUUAAUAGAAGUGAAGGAGAGAGUGGAUUGUUUGGUUUAAAACGAAAGUCAGUUUACAGAACACAAGAUGACAACACAGAGAAACCUGUAGUCCAGGCGCUGAUGAACCCUAUUCUUUGGACUCCCAAGUCCAUUAAGAGAAGAUGUGUUUUCGAAGCAAUUCAGUGCAGUGAUAUUAACCCUGCAGAGGAGCUCCCCCCAGCGCUGAGGAGCACCCCGGGCAGUCUGCGGAGGCUGCUGGAGUGGAUGGUCCGGUGGGCCGGCCGCAGGCUGCCCUGCGCCCCGAGCCUCCCUGCAGCACCCUGCGGGCGCAGCCCUGUCCUUCGCGUGAGGACCUCCACGGCCGCCAUCCUUGCAUCGUUGUGGCUUUUGCAGCAACCCUAUCUUGCUACCUACAAGGCGAAUAAUGCCAUUACUAAGGUGCCAGAGAGUCCUUCUGCUGGCCAUCAGAGUGGACCUGAAGCUGAGAGUGACCCCAAGAGCGAUGAUGGCUGUGUGGUGGUGGCAGGGCCCACUCACGGUGGUGGGCCCGAGGAGAGACAGGGUCACGACGAAGCUCGUCAAAGCAUCUUGAAUAGGAUGCCCGUUGAAGCCAAAACUCCUGAAAUAGAAGAAUGCAACGGUAUUAUUUCUGUCACUGAUGGUACUGAAAAAGAAUUUAUAGAUAUCGAUGCAAAUCUUUUAGGAACAGAAGCAUUUACACAGGAGGAAAUGAAUACAUACCCAUCAGACGAUGAAGAAGAUGCCAAAGAACCCAUGGGAAGUCUCCGAAGCCCCGCUGUGGCCACCUGCAUGCAGACUUCCCCACAGCCCUUAGAAGAAUUUCACCGGCGCCCCACGGGAGGGGUCCAGUGUCCGAGGGAGGAACCACUGGAGACACGCGUGGCAGAGAAUUCAACUGAACAGAAAGGUAUGAUUGAAGACUUUUCAAAUCCUGAACACACCAUUCCUGAUUCAUUUUGUGCAGACACAAGUUCAGAAAUUUCUAGUCCGUGGAUCUCUGCAGUUAAAGAGGCGUCUUCCACAGACCCACCUCUGGUGUCAAAUGGAGCCAAUGACACUUCACACACACCUGUGCCAGCACCCCGGCCCCAGAGAGAGGGACCCAGGGCUCAGCUACCAGAUUCUUCCCAUUCUGUCAGGCAGGUGCUCCAAGACGAAAUGCUUAUGUUAGUCCAGCUGCAACAGAUCAACUUCCUGAGUCUGAUGCAAAUAGUAGGGUCGUCCUUUGCUAACCUCCCUGGCAGACAUCGGUGUGCUCAGCAGUCUCCGUCUGUGCCGUUGGUGGGAAGCCAGGUGUCGCACCCGACGGGAGGGAGUGGCGAUGCUGAAGAGACCAGUGGGAGUCUGGAGGAGAGGCCGUUCGCUAAACCGCCGUCCGUGGGAGAGCUCCUGGGAGAGCCUGGCAGGAAGAGCCCGCCCUCUCAGAAAGCGGUUACCCAGUCUGGUCAAAGUAGCAGUGCAGAGUCACAGAAUGUUCCACGUGGGAGUAUUCCUAGUCCAUUGGAAGGCCAACCCCAGAACAGUGGACUGCCUGCAGCAUCUGAAAGCUUACCAACGACUUCCUUUCCCCCAGCCCCUGCUGCAAAUACCCACCUCCAGCUUUUGCUCACAUCUGCCAUUCCGAACACACAUAGAUUUCUCCCAGCUGAAAAUGCUUUCAGACCAGAUGGUGGUUUUCCUUUGCUUCAUUUUCAGCCUAAACACAAAUUUAAGCCCCUUCUCUUCCCAGCAGGAAGAGCUCUGCAAGUUCCCCGUGGGCCUCUGCCACAGCCAAGAGAGGCCUGGGGGCCGCCUGCUUCCUCCCAGCCUCCUCUGCCGCUGGGAGCAGCGCACACUCCCGCAGCACCCCAUCUGGACCUGAGCCAGCACAACUCGGGAGCCAUGCUGAAGGCCCCUGAGCAGAAGAGAGGGGCGGAAACUAUCGUUACAGAAACCCCUAAGCACGUGACCUUGGAUCAGUGUGUUGGACAAGAACGCUUGACACCUCAGUGGGACUCUUCAAUAUUUGUAAAGCCCGAGAAAGUAUUUGAUAUGAAGCCAGGGCCCCUUGAGACGUCUGCUCAGAAUUCCUGUGGAUUUCCAUUAUUGCACCUGCAACUUAGACCUCCUUGUGUGUUUCCCUCCGUCUCAAGAACACCAGUCACAGCCCCCUCAGCACCUCUCAGAGCCGCAGCCGAAGGGAGCAGAUGCCCGGGCCUGCCGUUACUUCCCUCCUGCCUCCCGCAGGAGGACACGUACAAAACCCCACAACGUCCUGCAGUGGAAAAUCUCGGUGAGUUUAGACAAAGCUGGCCGAAACCUGCACACGGUGUACCUGAGCCAGGCGAUCCCGGACCCCUUCCUGUGGUCAAGGGCGUAGUGGGACCCUCUGAAGCGAGGCAAGGCAAGGACGGCAAAAAAAGGCAAAGACGACGAGCGGAGACAGCGCUGCGAGAACAGCGAGCAGAGAAACGAGGGACAAGGCCAGGCGUGGCUCUGCAGCCAGACGGGGAUUCAGAAGUGGGUCCGCAGCCCAAGGAGCAGCAAGAACAGCGUGGUUCCCAGCCUCUGGACAACUUCGAAGUCCCCCUUGAAAUGCUGCACGACGAUGUCACCACUCCGGCUGGACUGCACUUCAUGGCCUCCGUGGGAAAGGGGGCACCGGGGCGGCAGGACGCAAGUACGAACACAGACCCAGAGUGUGAGCCUGUAAAUGUCCCUCCUCCAGUGGCUCCGGGAAGAUCUCUCAGUCUCAGACUUCCCACCGGGACAGCAGAGAGACCACUGUCACCUUCGGCCUUGGACACGGUGCUGGCUUUGGCUGUGGCUCAGGUUGGACACACGUACUUAAAUGUGAUCGACAUUGAAGCUGACGACCUCCAGGAGUUGCCUGUCAAAGAGCCUUCGGGUGAUGGUACCAUCGGAGAGCACCCGGAAGGCCCGUCUUCUGCGGAGUUACAUUGCAUGGCCUCCUCAGUUACUAGCACUGCUCCCCUGCGCAAUUUUAAGAGCCAAGAAGUGCCUCCAUCCUGUUUGGACGGGAGGAGCCGGAGAGCAGGCAGUACAGAAGGGGCGGAGCCUGGUGUUACCCCGCCUACAUCGUCAGACAGAGAGCGGGAGGAAGAUAAGCCAAAGCCAGGCGUGCAGUGCAAAGAGCAGAGCUCGAAGCCAGAUACUGCAGAAAAGGAUGAGCUGCGGGAUUACCUCCUGCAGGAGCUGCUGCAGGGUGUCUCCGCGGCUUGCCCUGCGCCUGGCCCUGCAGCAGCAGCCCGCCGACUGGAGCGGCUCACCUACCAGCUUCAGAAAAUGGAUGAGCAGCUGCUGGCCAUCGGGAAGAUCGCUGCAGACAUAGAGCAGGACUUCCCCCAGCGCGGACUGGUGGACCGGCCUUGCGAUAAGGAUGAAUCUGUGGGUCACACCGAAUUGUCUUCGGGCCCUGAAUCUGAAAGAACAUUGGCUUCGAAAACCAUUAGCCUUUCCAAAGACUCUGGAUCAGUGCAUUUCCUGACUCAUAUGAAUAAGGAAGACCAGAGUGACAAGGAACAGACUUUUGAAGCUGAAUUUUCAGUAACAGAAAUUCACUCUCAUCCAAAAACCUAUGUGUUUCCUUCUGCCGAUUCCACCGUCAGCCUCUCCAGUGACCAGAAUGCAAGUCUUCCUGGUGUGAAUAACAGUGAUGAAUUAUUUGAGAGCGCGUCGGCGGACCCGCUGCAGGCGUCCGGGCUGGCGGACAUCGCGGACAUCAUCGACGACCUCCUCGCCCAGGGUGGCGUUUCCAGGGAGGAGCUGGGCCUGACAGACCAGCAGGCGAGGAGCAUCUCCAGAAUUCACCAUUCUCCAGAUAGACGUCCCCGAAGAACUGAGAAGGAGAGAAGAGAGAUUCAAGUCUGGAUGAGAAGAAAACGGAAGGAGAGAACGGCAGAGUACUUGCGUCAGCUGGCAGAAAAGAGGGGCCAAGAACAUGACCCUUUCUGCCCCAGGAGCAACCCAUUGUACAUGACUUCAAGGGAAAUCAGGCUGAGACAAAAGAUGAAGCACGAGAAAGACAGACUGCUGCUCUCUGACCACUACAGUCGUCGGAUCUCACAAGCAUACAGUCUGAUGAAUGAGCUGCUGUCUGAAUCAGUACAACUACCAGCUGCCGCACAGAAGCCGCUGCCCACCACACCUAGAGCCGCCCGGACUCCCAGGCUGCAGCGCUCCCUUUCUCCACGAAGAGAGACUCCACAUGGUCACAGUUUUCCAGUAAAUCGACCUGGAAAAGUCAGAUACUCACGCAGACCCAGUGAUGGCCCCACAGGGACGCCCCUGGAGCAGCCCCGAGGCUCGCCCUGGCCCCGAGGAGCUGCCGCUGUCGCCCGGAGAAAAGCUGGGGCGGCCAGAGUGGCCGUGAGAAGGGCCACGCAGUCUCCGCUUGCCUUCCAAAAAGGCUCUGCUGCUCUGCAUCGUGGUCCACAUCACGCAAAAAGGCACAGGAGUGUGGGGCCUGCCCCUCCAACCAAGCAUGUGUGCGUGGAGGACAGCAGAGAGGAGACUGCGGGGAGUCCCUGGCUGGUGCCCUCAGGCGUCCGUAAGAUUCUUCACAGAAGUCACAGUUCCCUUCUACCAGACUCGUCACUGGCUGAAGAGGAGCCAGAGCCACGGGCCGGGGUGGGCGGCCUGGACAGCAUGUCUGAGAGCACCGGCAGCAUCCUCAGCCGGCUGGACUGGAACGCCAUUGAAGACAUGGUCGCCAGUGUGGAGGACAAGAGCCCUUCUGUGCACUGGGCCCUGGCUCUGUGAGGCCUCAGCUCCCUGUGGCCGGGUCAGCACCUCAGUGAUGUCAUUCCAAAAGAUGUGAGGUUUGUUUACCAGCUGGAGCCAUGUUAUUACCUGAAUAAGCCAUCUCAAGGAGGAAAAUAAACAUUUCUCAAUAAUUUAGCCUUCAUGGGAAAGGGUUCUUUAACUGUAGGUGUAUUAUAUGUUUUUGCAUGUGAUUAUCUUCAGGCAUAAUUUUUUAAAUGAUGAAAAAUAAAAUGUACCUUUCAAGUCAAGUUUAUAUAAAAUUUCAGCUU